GCCGAAGACGCCGACCGAGCGUCGUCUCCGGCGGACGUCGCUUAUUAGUGUGCGUUUACGGAAAGGCUGGCGCGCGCGGUCAACUGCCUUGUGAUGUGGUUCUGACAAAACCCGCCGCUUCACGCGCCGGGGAUCCGCCACGCUGCGAGCCCAAAGCCCGCAGCGAGCUGUCCAGCCCGGGCUGCAGAAGCUGCACCUCCGAACAGGAAAAGGUGGACCCCGUGGGACAGCUUGCUUCUCCACCAUGGCGGUACACUAGAAGCUCGGAGGAUGUUGCAUGCCUUACCGUUUACCUCCUCCGGCUGAUGACGUCGGCAGCAUAACAGACCGGCGCUCCGGCGCGAUAUGGGCAUCCUAAGAGCAGUAGCCAGCACCAUGGGUAGGAUCAGCACAUUUAGGUCCUAUCAGCUUGUCCUCCUCCUGGCUGCAGUUCUCGCCGUCGUAGCCUUUUACUACUUUGGGUCAGAGAAGCAGAACUUCUCCAGCACCACCAAGCGGAUCAAGCAGAGCCAAGCCAGCCAGAACACCAACAGAAACGAUGCUGACCUCACGUUGGACACCAAGCUGAUGCACCCGGAUGGUGCUGAGGAGGAAGGCGGGGAGGAGCGGGUCACAGAGCGAGAGAGGGGGGACAUGGUGACAAGGGACGAGCAAUACUAUCAUGUGCUCAUGAUGUUCACCAAGGUGGACAGGAGCCGGAGUCUGCAGGAGAAGUUCAGGGUGGCCAUGUUGUCCAUGGUGAGGCAUAGCCACUUCCUGGAGGGAGAGGUGCUCGUCCUCCAUUUUGUGAGUGAUCAAGCCAGUCAAGAGUUGGGACAGAGGAUGCUCCAGGAAUUUCUCCUCGACGCAACGUUUAAGUAUGAGGUGGUGUUUCACGAUGUCGCGGCCCUCACACGGAAACUGUUUCCUAUCGUUGAAGCCAUGCAGAAGCACUUCAGCGCCGGCUCCGGGGCUUACUACAGCGACGCCAUCUUUUUCUUGUCCAUCGCCAUGCACCAUAUCAUGCCUCCAGGUCUGACACGCAUAGUACAGCUGGACCUGGACCUGAAAUAUAGAACCAACAUCAGGGACCUUUUCCAUGAGUUUGAUCGCUUCCCGCCCGGAGCAGUCAUCGGCAUCGCGAGAGAGAUGCAGCCGGUUUACAGACACACCUUCUGGCAAUACCGCAAGGAGAACCCCAAGACCAAGGUAGGAGAACCUCCUCCAGACGGCCUACCGGGCUUCAACAGUGGAGUAAUGUUGUUGGACCUGGGGGCCAUGAGAACCUCAGCCCUCUACAACCAGCUGCUGGAGCCUGGCAAUGUGGCCAAACUGGCUGACCAGUACCGCUUCAGGGGCCACCUCGGGGACCAGGACUUCUUCACGAUGAUUGGGAUGGAGCACCCUGAACUGUUCCACGCCCUGGCCUGCGGCUGGAACCGCCAGCUGUGCACGUGGUGGAGAGAGCAUGGCUACGGCGACGUGUUUCAGUUGUACUACCGCUGCGAGGGACCAGUAUACAUCUACCAUGGGAACUGUAACACCCCCAUACCCGACGAUUAGCUUAUGGGGCCCUCGACUGUCUGCAGGGCCAAAUAGCGGUCCAGGAAGCACUUAAGUCUUGUCUGAGGAAAUUCACUGAAAAUGUGAGGGUUGUUUUCAGUUAAAGAACGUUUACAUUACUGGGCCACUUGUUUUUUUUCUUUGGAUUUUUACCCCAAUUGUAUCCGGCCAAUUACCCCCCUAUUCCGAGCCGUCCCGGUCACUGCUCCACCCCCUCUGCUGAUCCGGGGAGGGCUGCAGACUACCACAUGCCUCAUCCCAUACAGGUGGAGUCGCCAGCCGCUUCCUUUCACCUGACAGUGAGGAGUUUCACCAGGGGGACGUAGCACGUGGGAGGAUCACGCUAUUCCCCCCAGUUCCCCCUCCCCCUGAACAGGCGCCCCGACCGACCAGAGGAGGCGCCAGUGCAGCGACCAGGACACACACCCACAUCCGGCUUCCAACCCGCAGACACGGCCAAUUGUCUCUGUAGGGACGGCCGACCAAGCCGGAGGUAACACGGGGACUCGAACCGGAGAUCCUCGUGUCGGUAGGCAACGGAAUAGACCGCCAUGCUACCCGGUCGCCCCAUACCGGACCACUUUGACUGCAGACUGCACCCACUGCUGGUUAGGAGGGUGACUGAUUCUGAGCCAUUCACAUGCAGCAGUGGCCAGAACAGACAGCACAGUACUAACAAACAGGUUUCCCAAGUUGUUACACAACAAGGCUGCCACUCAGUUUUGCUUUGUUAUUUCUUCUGUUUAGAGUACGCUGACAAUGGGCGAUACAAAUAAAAUGGACUUGACUUGCUUUGGCACUAGAAUCCAAAAGAGCCGCGAGAGGGGCUAUUUUCCAUCGUCUAGUUCUUUGGAAAAACUCUUCCCCGUAAUAAUCGAAAUAUUCCUCGUUGUGAAUCAGUGGCGACGGAGAAUGUCCGUCAGCCGCUACAACACACAGAGUCCCCGUGGAGUCUACACUCUCUUUCACCCACCCCCAACCCCACACUGCACUUCACCUGCUGAGGGUUAA